UGAUGAUGUUGUGAAAUCGUUGUUGUGAGAACUGACCAGCUUUGAAUUGAACGUCUCACUUUAUUAAUGUAAAACGUAAUCUGGUUUGGUUAUUUAACGUCGGGCAUUGACCAAAACGAUACAGUAGCAAUGGCGUCAGGCAGUGGAGGCGGCGCACAUAAUCUUAACUUCAAUAUUGGCGUCUUAGGUCAUAUUGACAGUGGUAAAACUUCUUUAGCUAAAGCUUUGAGUGAGAUGGCUCUGACUGCAUCAUUUGAUAAGAAUCCCCAAAGUAAAGAAAGAGGUAUCACGCUGGAUUUAGGUUUUUCCACAUUUAUGACGGAUAUUCCAGAUCAUCUGAAGAGUGCUAAAUAUGAAAGAUUACAGUUUGCUUUGGUAGAUUGUCCUGGACAUGCUUCCCUUAUAAGAACCAUUAUUGGAGGAGUUCAAAUAAUAGAUUUAAUGAUGUUAGUCGUAGAUGUCACCAAAGGAGUGCAGACACAGACGGCUGAGUGUCUCGUCAUAGGAGAAAUAAUAUGUGAAAAAAUGAUAGUCGUCUUGAAUAAAAUUGAUUUAUUACAACCUGCCAAAAAACAACAACAGAUUGAAAAGAUGAAGAAAAGGAUGGCAAAGACAUUGGAAAACACACGGUUUGCUGGCUGUCCAAUGAUAUCGGUUGCUGCUAAACCUGGUGGGCCUGAGGCUCCUGAUACAGAAGCUGAAGGUGUUGACAUUUUAAUAGAGGAAUUAAAGAAGCAAGCAUACUUACCGAAAAGAAGUUCUUCUGGUGCCUUUAUUUAUGCUGUAGAUCACUGCUUUUCUAUCAGAGGCCAAGGCACAGUAAUGACUGGCACUGUACUCAGUGGUAGUGUUUCAGUGAAUGAUAAUAUUGAAAUCCCAGCAUUAAAAAUGUCCAAAAAAGUGAAGUCUAUUCAGAUGUUUCGAAAGCCAGUGAACAGCAUAAUGCAAGGAGACAGGGCUGGCCUGUGUGUGACACAGUUUGACCCCAAAUUGUUAGAGAGAGGUAUGGUGUGUACACCUGGUGCUUUACCAACUAUCUAUGCUGCAAUUGUGGAUGUCAAGAAAAUUGGUUACUACAAAGGGAACAUUGCAACAAAAGCCAAAUUUCACAUUACUACAGGUCAUGCUACAGUCAUGGGUAGACUAUCUUUCUUUGGCUGUUAUAAAGAUGACAUAGCCACCACCGAUUCAGGUUUUAAUUUUGAUGAGGAAUAUCUUUAUCAAGAUGAACUUCUCACUAAAGUGUCUUCAAAGAAAGCUGAUGAUAACAAAGAAAAUGAAAGUGACCUAUCCUCCCCAUUACCCAACCAGCAGUACUGUCUCAUAGAAUUUGAAAAGUCAAUUACUUGUCCUGAGAACUCACUUUUGAUUGGUUCCAAACUUGAUACAGAUAUUCAUGCCAAUAUGUGUAGACUAGCAUUCCAUGGUCACAUAGUGCAUGCCAUUACAGAUAAAAACUAUUCAGAGUCAGUGCUUCCAAGAAUAAAAAUAUUCAAAAACAAAACAAGAGAAGGAUUUGUUGAAAGGAUGUUAGAUGACUAUAAUGUCAUUGGAAGGGGGCUGUUCAAAAAAGAAACUAACAUUCAACUGUUUAUUGGUUUGAAAGUUGAUCUCUCCACUGGUGAACGUGGCGUGAUUGAAGGAGGAUUUGGACAAAGCGGCAAAUAUAAAAUAAGAAUCCCAGAUGGUUUAAAAGCAGAAACUAAAUCCAUGUUGUCAUCGGGAGGUAAAAAGAAAGGAAAAGGGAAACAAACACCUCAGCAAGCAACUGAUGAUGCGUCGGUUGAAGCACAUCAACCUAUACAUGUUGUACUGAAGUUUAAACGAUACAUUCAUGAUCCGAAAAAGAAGAUGAUGCAAACGUAGCAUGUCACCCAUCUCUAAAGUAAAGGUGCAAAUAUUUUAUUGGUGCAAAUAAUCUCUACUCAGAAAGUUACUCGAUUCUCAUGAAAAGGUCAAUCUUGGUUGUGGUUUACCAGCUUUAACAAGUUACCAAUAAUAUAACUUCUACUGUUGCCCACAAGCAGCAUAAUUUGAUCUUGCUGCUACAAUGUUUUGCAUUGAAAUCCAUUUUGCUCUGGUUUUU